AUGCGUCUGAUAACAUCGAUUUCAUCUUGGAAUCUAUUCUUCAAAGAGCCAGAACUAUCCAAGAUGAAGACCAAAUCGAGCGGCUUAGCUUCAACGGCACAUCGAGCUGAAACUGGCAAUUACUUUCCACCAGAUAUUGUCAGUCUGGAGGGAACAAUCGACCAAGCUGGAGGUUCGUUGAGCAGAGAUUUUGACCUGCGAUGA